CUACAAAACAAAAUGGCCUCUUGUUAAAAAUUAAAAAUUUGAAGUUUUGUCAAAAUUCCAGUCCAUUCAGUUUCAUUCAAUACCUAUUCGUGAUGAUGUGAUUAUUUUACCCAUUCAAAUUAUUUCAGUUAAAAAUGGAACAAAAUCAAGCCCCGAUCAAAGAACCUACCGAGUCGAAAACUACGUCUAAAUCUGAUACUGACUUAUCUUCACCCGCAACGACAGAUACAUCAACUACAAUUAAGAGUAUUUUCACUCCUCGUCCUAACUCCUCUGUCCUUUGGAAGUGUGACCUAUGGAACGCUUCCGAAUCCUAUGUUUCAAGUAAUGAAGAUGAAUCACAGUUCGGUGAAAGUGAUAGAGAUGCUUUAACUCACGAGGAUCUUUUGUCCCCGGAUACAUGGAUCAUUGGUGGUCCUUUAGGUUCAAAAAAUGCAAUACUUAUAUUCCGAAGUUCAGCUUUGGCAAACGCCACAGAUAUCACCAUCCAAAGUAAACCGGCCUAUAAACUCCAUAUUACUUACAAAGUCCUACAAGCUGAAACAAAAUUAUUGGCAAAACUUUUAGAAUGUCAUGGAAUAACCGAAGUUAUACCCACUUCUUCGGAUUUUAACAUCUUAUGGACUGGUUCGCAUCCCAAACCGGGAACGUUUCGUUGUUUAGCAUCUCAUCAAAAAGUAAAUCACUUUCCGCGAUCUUACGAAUUGACAAGAAAGGAUCGGCUAUAUAAAAAUAUUGAGAAAAUGCAACAUAUGAAAGGGUAUAAACAUUUUGAUUUUAUCCCCCAAACCUUUGUUAUGCCAAGCGAAUACAAAGAUCUUUGCUCGACUCAUCAUCGGACCAAGGGACCUUGGAUUGUUAAGCCGGUUGCUUCAAGUCGCGGGAGAGGUAUUUAUAUUGUUGAAACGCCGAAUCAAGUACCAUUAGAAGAACCCGUCGUGGUUGCAAAAUAUGUUGCGAAACCUCUUCUUGUCGAGGGCCAUAAAUGCGAUUUAAGACUUUACGUUGCGGUUACUUGUUUUGAUCCUUUAAUAAUUUAUAUUUAUGAAGAAGGAAUGGUUCGAUUUGCUACUGUUAAAUACGAUACUAGUCAUAAAACGUUAUGGAAUCCUUGUAUGCAUUUAUGCAACUAUAGCAUCAAUAAGUAUCACAGUGAUUAUGUAAAAUCUGAUGAUCCGAGUGCAGAGAAUGUUGGUCAUAAAUGGACUUUAAGUGCUUUGUUAAGGCAUUUAAAGGCUAUGGGUAAUGAUACAGCUAAUUUAAUGUCUCAGAUUGAAGAUUUAGUUGUAAAAUCGAUUUUAUCGUCUGGAAAUUCAAUAGUUACAGCAUGUAAAAUGUUUGUUCCAAGCAUUAAUAACUGUUUUGAACUUUAUGGUUUUGAUAUACUGGUGGAUGAUACUUUAAAGCCUUGGCUUCUUGAAAUAAAUCUAUCACCAUCGUUAGGAUGUGAUAGUCCGCUUGACGUCAGAUUGAAAUCGGCAAUGCUGGCCGAUUUGCUAACUCUUAUUGGUAUUCCGGCCAUCGAUCCUAUGCUUCGUAUGAGCGUAACAACACUUUCAUCAAAAAACUCGAGAACUAAUAAUAGUUUAAGAAUGAAACUUAAUGCGUACCACAGAGUGCACUCUGCUGAUGGACUAAGUAAUACGUUGCCAAAAAAAAAUUCGUCUCCAUCCCAACAUGGACGACUAACAACCAGCACGUUAAAUUUAUCACAGGAAGAACAGCGUAUUAUAAAAAUGGCUAAGGCUCAAUUUGAUCGUAGGGGUGGUUUCGUUCGUAUUUUUCCUACAGUUGAUAGUUGGAGCAAAUAUGGCCAAUAUUUAGAUCCGAUAACAGGAGUACCAAUGGCUUGUAGCAUCACCAGUAAUUACAAUAUUCAAAUACCACAUAAUAUGAAUUUAUUACUUUUUAAUCACUUAUUUCCUGAAAUGGCUAGCAGUACAUUAAAAUUAGAUCGAGGACAUUUAAAAAGUUUGGAUAAAACACGAGAUUUGUCUUUGGAUAGUAAAGGUUUAAUUGCCCUUCAACGACAAGACCGCUAUGAACGGAAACUAACUCAAGGGCAUAAAACGCUUCUUCCGCCGCAUAAACCAUUACACGAGUCGGAAUCAGCCGAAUUGAAGAAACAAAUCUGUGAUAUGGUGAAAAAUGGACAAAAAUUAACCCCCAUAGAAAUCAGAAAAGCAUUUAGUCAGUAUCUUAAUUGCAUUUUAAAGAGAAUUGCAAAUUCACCAACAGAAGAAGGGCAUGUUGAAAUUGUUUUAAAAUUUUUACAGCGAGCAUCAAAUUAUUUAAAAUCACCAUUUGCUAUUAAGCCUCCAAGUCAAAAGUUGUCAAUGAAAGAUAGAACAGCUAUUGUGGCCAAACAACUCAAUGAUUUUAUCUAUUUGUAUAAUAGAGAAACUGAGCUUUUUUGCCAUUUAACUAAACAUUCUGAAGUACCAAGAAUCAUCGCUUUCACUAAUUACCUGGAAACAGCUAGGGAGAGCGACUUAGAAGAACUUUUACAUUUACAUACUGUGCCAAUAAACGGGAAUCAAAGGUCACCAAACUUCCAAAGUCUCCUAAAAUGUUUACCAAACCUAAGCGGAUCAUGUUUGUUAUCGCCUAUUAAUAGAUCAAAUCGAAAUAGCAUAAAAGUAUCUCAAUUAUCAUGAUUCGUUUCAAAAAAGAAUGAGACUUUUAGAUUUUUAUUAUAAAAUGUUACCAACUUUCUUAGGAGUAUUUACAUAAGUUAUUUAUCACGUUUAUAUUUUUCUUUUAUUUAUUAUCUUUUGUAGCUAUAUAGGCAGCACUUCUUAGUUAAUUAUUUAUUUGCUUCAUCCUACAAA